CCUCCUCGACCAUUGCGAUAUUCUCCCUGCGACAAAGCAGGAUGAAGCCGGCCCUUGGUCUGGCUCUGGCCCUGACCUGCUUGGGAUCCGUUGGCGCUUUGCUGGACAUCCCGGUGCAGCAGGACUUCCUCUGGAAGAAGGUUGUUGGGAAAUGGUAUCCGGGGGCAAUGGCAAAGCAAUAUCCCUUGGAGCGGACCAUGUAUGCCUACACCACCCAGCCCUUGAGCAAUGGAGACCUGGUCCUCAAAAUCGAUAUCCCCCGAGACGGGGAAUGCCGACGGAGAAGGAUGGUUCUGUAUGCUUUGAGGCUCGCUAUAUUCGAAACUGAAGAUGGCAAGAUAACAAUUUAUUUCGUGGAGACGGAUUAUGAGACCUAUCACAUUGUUUAUGUCGAAAUGGAGGACGAACACUUCCUGCAUCUGUACACCAAGGACGAAGCCCCUCCGGAGGCGGCCAAGGAGCGCUUCCUCGCGCUCGCCCAAGACCUGAAUUUCCAAUCCGAUCGGAUCUACUAUGCCAACCAAUUGGGUCUCUGCACUGACCCACCUGUAGAAGUAUAGGGAAAGCGUCAAGCUGGGCAAAUGAAAAUCCUUGCUGGGCUUAUUUCGCCGACACUUCCCGGCCUCCUUCCUCUGAUUCCAGAUCAAUAUCGAUAUCUAGAUCUAUCUCAAUAAAAAGACUUCAAGGGGAAA